UGGGGUGCACUAUCCAUCUUACAAUCCAACAAUGGCAAAGAAUUUACUUCUAAAGUUAUUAAACGUGUCUGUGAAGCUCUUGAAAUUACAGUUAGACAUGGUUGUCCACAAAAUCUGAUGUCACAGGAGCAACCUGGACAAUCGGUUGCAAUUGCUCCUGAUACAGAUAUGAAUCCAACAAUUAGGAAACAUAAACUUCAAACUACAUUCAAAGAAACUGGAAUAGUAGUUAGCAUUACAAACAACAAUAAAACCAUUGUUGUCAAGAUGCCUGAAGGAAAUACU